GGAUAAACAUAAACUGCUUUGAUGGAACGGUGCAGUCUACACUUUUUUACUCAUAACUUUUAUUCCUGUGUUAAAAGUCUAUGAGAAUGUAAGCCUGCCCUUGUGAGCGAAGACAAAUUUCUGUCCUGGGUCUCCUGGACAGACAAUAAAGUCUGUUUUGGUUUGGUUUGGUUUUGGUUUAAAUCAACUUCAAACGGUGUUUUUGAAGAAAAGUACGUGCUGGGCCUUACAAACACUGACACGAGUCUCAGUAGAUUUAUGAUCAUAGAGUCCCCGUUUGUUUACGAAAAGUUGCCAAAUUUUUUAAACGUACAAUUAGACAUAUACAUUGAAAUAUAUAAUCCCUGUAUGUGUAGGUUCGCCGGUCAUUUCGCUCCACAACAAAAGUCAAAUCGUCCCAGAUCGAUUUUUGGGCUUGGGACGAUUAGACAUUUUCGGUCUUGGGACGAAAUGUACAUAGCUCGGACUGCUGUGGGGCGAAAUGAUCAGCACCCAUAUGUAGAGGGGAGAACAUCAAAUAGUGUUAUGGCGUCUUUGACGAGAAAACUAGAUUGCUCUAGCCACAACUUCUAUGUAAUCUAUACGGUAACGAAAAGAUUAUAUCGUUUUCAAACAUAUAUAUCUACAUCUGAUGGGUCGACAGUAAAAUACCCAAUUCUCUCUCGCAAGAUUUACAUGUAUCGCGGAAGUCAGUCCAGUAUACAACGGAACGGAUCAGUGGAUGCCUAGUCGUCACUGUGUCAAGGUGCACGCGAAUGGACUGUUCACAGAAUGAUGGAAAGAAAUAAGGACGGUCUGCUGGUGCAGCUGGGGUCGAAGUCGAUCUACUUUUGAAGCAGGCAGAUGCAUUCAUUUGGUUUCUCCUGCGCGGACAGCACAUCGGCAGCUCGCCGAAACUAACAGGGGGAGGGAAGAACUUCGCAAGAGGCUAAGCGUUGGUCUUGGCAGACAGACAGCAAUCCACCUAUAAACAUCCAUGGUAAGACAAAAGGUGUGAUCCCAAAUAAACUAGAUUAAUAAAGGAAAAACAUGGAAGAUCACAUGUAUCACGAUUAUUACCUUGACGAAACAUCAAAAAUCUGGACUUGGAUGCACAACUGUCUGCAGAAAGCCAGCACAGCAAUAGUUCAAACAUUAGAGAUGGCAUUCUUUCGCAUUGGUCACUUCGUUGGAGAGUACCCAGUUCUUACUAUUGUUCUCACACUUACAAUAUUUGGCCUCUGCGGGAUUGGGCUGAAAACCUUGUCACCAGUCAAUGAUCAAGCAAAAUUAUGGGUUCCUAAAUCUUCUCGAAUUGUUAAUGAAAAAGCAUGGGUGGAUCAAACUUUUCCCGAUAAAACCAGAUUUGUGUCCAUACUGCUGGAAUCAACAGAGAGUGUUCUUACUCCAAAAUGUCUCAAAGCAAUGAUGGCUUUCUAUGACAGAGCAGUUGCUAUGAAUAUGUCUGGGACCAUGUUUCCAGACUUCUGUGUCGGUAUGUUAAUGGGCCCAGUGUGCAGAGUAAGCAGUCUUUUAGAAUUGUGGAACUACAACUCUUCACUCAUUGCUUCUCUCACACAUGAUCAGAUCAUCAGCAAAAUCAAUACCGUUAAAACCAGUCACUACUUUGGAUGGGAAAUUUCAACUCUGCUUGGAGGAUACAUAAACAACACCAACGGGAACAUUGUUGAGGCAACAGCAACCCAGAUGACCUUUGUCACCAGACAGGAGGAAAAGACUGAAGAAAAAAUAAAGGAAUGGGAGAAGAAAGUGAUUGAACUUGUCACUGGUGGCCACCCUGAUAUUUCUGCUUUAUUUGUAUAUGCUUCCAGAAGUUUUGAUGAUGAAGGGUAUGGUGCUGUUAAUAACGACAUCACUCUCCUCACUGCUGGAUUUAGCAUUGUCUUUGCCUUUGUGCUUCUCUCACUUGGCAAAUUUAACCUCACAGAGCAUAAGAUCUAUGUGUCAAUGGCUGGCAUAAUGUGCAUAGGACUGGCCAUUUUGUUUGCAUAUGGUCUGGCAACAGCACUGGAUGUAAUGUACAGCCCAAUUCAGACCAUCAUGCCUUUCAUGUUACUGGGUGUUGGGGUUGAUGACAUGUUUAUAGUGCUUGAGGUGUGGAAAAACCUCAGUCCAGAAGAAAAUAAUUUACCAGUUCCCCAGAAAAUUGCCACAACACUUAAACAUGCAGGCGUAUCCAUUACUGUUACUUCUCUUACUGAUGCAGUGGCCUUUGGUGUUGGAGCUUCCACAGUAAUUCCAGCACUGAGUUCAUUUUGCAUUUUUGCUGUCCUUGGCAUUCUUGGGCUGUUUAUUCUGGUGGCAACUUUUUUUUCUGCAUGCUUGACUCUUGAUGAGAAGCGCAGGAGAGCUGGCCUUGAUGCUUGUAUUGUUUGUUGCAAGCACAGAAACUACAUGCCUAAUAAAUGUAGUCAAGGUGCAUCUUUCCUACAUAUAUUUUUCUCUCGACUGUAUGCACCUGUAUUAAUGACAAAUCUUGCAAAGGUCUUGAUCAUCAUAGCAUCUCUGGUAGUUUUCAGUGUCAAUCUGUGGAGCUUCAGUAAAAUGAAAACAGAGUUUAGCCUUGCUUCUUACAUCCCUAGUGACUCUUAUGCCUUUGCUUAUUUCCAAGCCAAAAGAAGACUUUUUAAUAGCAAGGGAGAAGAUACAGCUGUAUAUUGUGGUGAAUUUAGCUACCUGCAGCACAGCCAGCAGCUGGAAAAUUUGCAUCUACAAAUUUCAUCAAGUUCCAGUAUCCUUAAUGGUACCAUUAAUGCCUGGUUCAUCCAUUAUCACAAAUGGCUCAGUUACCAUGGUUACUUGCCAUCAACAGAGCAGGAAUAUGUAUCCUACCUUCACCGUUUCCUUGGGAACAGCACAGCGGGCCAGACACUGCGCCAUUUUAUCAUAUUUGACAACGACUUAUCUCCAUCAGUUAUAAAGGCAUCCUAUUUUACACUCCAACAUGUAAUGCAGCCGGACACUAAAAGUGGUAUCGCUGCCAUGGACAGCCUGAUCUCACUUAUAGACAAUGCAGGUCUACCCCUCAGUGACAAAGGAAGUGAUCUACCAAAACACAAGUGUUUUGCAUACUCUCUUUCGUACUUGACCUAUGAGACCAACAGAGUUCUUCAUAAAGAACUGCUUCGUAAUCUAGCUAUGUCUGGAGCUUGUGUCCUUGUGGUAACCACGUUGCUUAUUGCUGACUUAUGGACCAGCACCCUGGUGUUUUUAUGUGUCAUUUUUACUGUGGUUGAUGUUGCUGGGAGCCUUCAGUUUUGGGGCACCUACAUUGACACAGCUAGCAGUAUUCUGUUGACUUUGACAGUUGGACUGGCUGUAGACUACUCUGCUCACAUUGGACAUACAUUCAUGACCGUUUCAGGAAGUCGCACAGAAAGGACUGUUGCAACCCUGACUAAGAUUGGACCAGCUGUUUUUAAUGGUGGGUUCAGCACGUUCCUGGCCUUUGUUCUGUUGGCUAACAGUUCCAGCUAUGGUUUUGUUGUUUUCUUCAGGGUAUUUUUUACAGUGGUAGUCUUUGGGCUUUUCCAUGGGCUUGCACUGCUACCUGUGAUGCUGAGCCUGGUUGGGUCUUCGCAGUACCUCUACAAAGAUCCUGUACCAAAACCGCAAGAAAUGACUGUGAUAUUAGAUGGGGCAGCACAGAAGAAUGAUACCUCAGCCUUUCGGCACAACACCAGAACUCCAAAUGAACAGUUUGGCAGCAUGGGACAUCAUCAGGUCCAGAAAAUGUAUGCUGAGGUCACACUUUCAGAUUGCUUCAUUGUGGUGUUUGUGGACCUCAUGAUUCACUCGUCUACUGCAGGCAAUUCUUGAUAGCAAGAUGAUAACAUUUUUCAUAAGUAUGGAAUCUCCAGUCCUCAUCACAAAACCUGAUGCCUUGUGAACAAUAGUAAUAAGAAACCUGGAUUGGGACACCUGAGUCAUAAAAAUUUUAGGUGUUUCCACAUAAAAAGUUCUCCACAGUCACCUUUAAUUUUCCAAGAGCUGAUGACCAAAUAACUGAAUUUAAGACUCACAUCUUUUUACACUGCUUUUUAUUAUUAUAAUCAUACAGUAUUAAUAUUUAAUUCGUUGACUUGGUAUUUAGAAAUUGACUAGUCAGUACUGAAUUGGUUGCUUAAUAUUUAUUUUUACUUUUUGAAUCUGUCACUGGCAUCAACAUUUUCAGUUUGAGGACCAAAUGUAUGGGUUUUUUUUGUUGUUGUAAAAACGCUGUGCAUCUGUAGUUUACAACAGAUGGAGAAUGAUACAAAAAGCUAAUGGAAAAUGAAGUAUAUCAACUGAACAAGAAAGAGGCUGCUGCAAUAUUACUGUCAUGAAGUCUCUUUCUUAUUGAAAGAUUAAAAUUUAGCUUUAAAUUAUUUCGAAAAAUGUUUAAAACAACUUAACAUCCUUUUUGUGAUGUGAUUUUUCUUUUGCUUUGAGACAAUCUAGAAAUGUAAUAUCUCCAGAUCGAUCUGCUUUACCAGGGCUUCUGUUAAGGCUAAAUUCUUUGGGGUCCCAGGGACCCCUUCUUCAGAUUUUUAAGGGGUCCCUGUUCUUCGCCCAAAUUUGAAUGGGACCCCAUUGACGAAAAUUGAAGGGGUCCUCCGAACUUUUAAUGCGUACUGUACGCAAUUUUUUGCGUAAGCAGAAGCCCUGUUUACUAAACACUGUGACCAGACCAUGCGGCACCAUAAAUUCUGUAACCAGUCAGCCCAUUCUUCUUCCAGGGGAGAGGAUGGAAUUUCUGGCUCACACUUGUUGGGAGUGCUAUUUAAUUAAGUACCUCGCAUUGUGUUCUUUUUUCCUCAUUUACUAUUCAAUUGCACUAAGCUGACCUUUGAGUCCACAAAAGAUCCUGAUUCUAUUUAUUUUUUUGGUUUUUAAGUGUUUCAUUCAGUUUUGAAUUGGAUAACAUCGCCAUCUGAUCUGUGUAAUUCACAACAAUCUGGAUUUUAAUGUAACUGGACAUCUUUAAAUUCAUUCACUCAAAAUAUGUGAUUUAUUUGUUUAGAUUGAAACAAAAGAAUGGCAUCAAGCAUUCAUGUACACACAAAGAGGUAUGGUAACUCAAAAAGUAAGUUUAUUUACAGUACACGUAUUUACAAAAUAAGAAUCACUUCCUGACCCUAUGAUGAUACUUUAACACUAGCCUACUCCUACCUUACCUAGCACUAGUCUAAAUCAUCUAUCUUCUGCAUCAACAUAAAAUUUAAGCACGAACACCAGCAGCCCCUUCAGCGAUGACUCAAUCCAUGCUCCAAUAUAGUACAUUGAACACAUUUUAAUGAAUGUGAUUGUCUGAAGAAAGGUGAAUAGAGCGGUUAAGCAGUAAAACUGUUUGAUUGCCAGGUUCAAGUAUGCGUGAAAGGGAAACUUUACUGCAGCUUUCUAAAGGAAGAAUUCAUCAAAAGCUAGUAUUAUUAAAUUUUAUUCUGUAGACUUUUAAAAGUACAUGAACAUCAAAAUAUUGACCAUUUUAGGUACCUGCAAUAAUACAUUUUGCAGGUCAGCCUUAGUAUUUUCUUGAAAUUGAAUUUUUAUGGCUGUGCUUAUUAGUAAUAUGAUUUAUAUGCAAAUUCAUUUUGUACAUAUGUAAUAUCAAAUAUGUAAACAGAAAUGAAUCAAUGAUCAAGAUUUAUUUUGAUUAUAUUUGUCAGAGUUAUAUUGUUUAAAUCUUUUUGUACUUCUAUAGAUAUAGUCAUAUAAAAGAAUUAUGUGGAUUAUAAAGUAACACAAAAUAUUUUGGAGUGGAUUUUGUCUGGUUUGCUUGACACUGUAAAAUGUAUGCUCAUAUUUAUUAAAAUAUAUAGUCCCUUGUUAUAUCUG